CAAUUGCAAACCUGUACGCAACUCAAAUCUCAACGCAGACAUCGAAUACAACAUCAUCCAAGAAUGCCUAGUAUAUUUAUAUACUGACGGCGAUUUUGGCAAAGCUUCAAGGCCUAAUAUUAGCUCGGAAUCACUUGAAGCCGGCCGAAAUCCAACAGUUUUUGAUUUUCCUCACGAUGUGUUAGUUCUUGAUGUGCUUCCUACAAAUUUCCCACCACCAUGAAUGGGAAAGAUAACAAAUGGCGACCUAUACCGAUCGCAAAUCCAUCGUCGCGUCUACGACUGGCAAGAAAUAUGCCCCAAUGGGUGAACAAAGCUGGUGUCAGUGGGAUCCCUCCUCCACCUGUGCCGAAAGAAGAAAACAAGAAAUUAAAUGGCAGAAACAAAAAUCAAGAACCUGAUUAUGAAGUUAUUGAAUUCGGACAAUAUUCCAAUGCUUCUGCAGUAACCAACAGAAAUGGUUCAGGGAAACCAGAACGCCAUUGUCAACUAUGUGGAUCUUCAACCCCCUCAGUGCAAUGUGAAGAUUGUGCACAAAUUUUUUGUUUGUCCUGCGAUGAUAUGUAUCACAGACACCCAAAACGUCAGACUCAUACCAGAAGGCGAGUGGAGCAAGCGAUCCGGCCUCCCUUGCCCCCCAAAGGCGAUGCUCCUGCCCCUCCGGUGCCCCCUCCGAGACGCCAUAGGCGUGCUGGUUCCAUUGGACCGUCCCCUUGCUCCAGCCCCCUGCCUAACAGAAACCAGGGGCUGCCCAACAGGAGCACAAGCACAUUGAACAACAGGGGAAGACUGGGCAAUACUAUCAAUAUGAAUACUUUGAGGAAAGACAGCAUGGACAGCAGACCUUUACCACCAACACCAUCUCCAUCUGAAUCAUUCAAAUCAGAUAUAUCAAGAAACACGUCGUUCAACAGUAAUAGAGAUAGGCCAUCUAGAGCACCAAGUCCUAGUCCAUCAUUGAAACAAAGAUACAGACAGCACCAGCUGGCUAUGAGAGGCACUACACCAAAUCUACCAUCUACUGUAUCCGAUUUUGACCAGCCUUCACCUUCAAGCAGGGACAGCGGCUAUCCAGAUUGGGACCAAGAAAGAUGGCGUCAACGCGAUAGAACCGGCAGCAUUUCAGGCUCCGAUUUUGGAGGAAGAGUUCAAAGGAAGAACAGCAGUUUGUCAUGUCCGCCACCAGAUCGGGGAAUGCCCCUAAGUACAUCAGUUUUUGAUUUGAACAACCCCAUGAUGCACCACCAACACCACAACUUCAUGCCUAUUCAACAGGCACAAUCGAUGGCGCAACUGAAUUAUCCGCUGCCCCCAUACUAUCCAGGGGGCUGGGUGAGCCCCCAAUGCAGUUGCGAUGACCCUAGAGGCAGCAACAUGAGCCUCAACAUGAUCCCAGGACCUGGAGGCUAUCCCGUUAAUCCAAUGUGGAUGGGCACCUGGCAUGGACCCCCACCUUCAAUGUACCCUUACCCUAUGCCCCCUAUGGGACACCCACACCAUGGGUCCAGAGCUGCUUCACCCACACACAGCGUCAAGUCCAGGAAGUCUACUUUAAGCAGAAAGAGCAGGAAGAAAUACCGGGAGGUUGAAGAUACUGAUGAUGAAGAUGAUAGAAGAUCGUCGUUGAGUCAAUCUGGCAGGAAAUCUUUAGGAAGGUUCACCGUAAGGGAAAGGCCUUUGAGGGACGCUUCCUCCAUGCCUAGAGAGCUUCCUAGAAGACACACCAUUGACAGAUUGGAAAGGGCUUCUAUAGCUAGAAGCAGAGUGAGCUCAAAUAGUGAGAGUGAUGAUGAAAGAUCAGAUGGAAUGAAAGAAAGCAUUGGCGAUGUCAUUAACGAAAUUGAAGAAUCGGUAUCGGAGUACGAAAACAACAAAUCACAAAAUGUUGAGGUACCAAAUGCUUCCUGGGAGUGUGAACAUUGCACUUUUGUCAAUGAUGGAGGGACAAGAGUUUGCCAAGUUUGUUGCAAGACACCUACGGUGAAUGCUAAGAUUGUUAAAAGUAGAGCAUCUCCAAAAAAGUCUAGAGGUAGUGGAGAAGAGAUUGUUAAUGAAAUGGCUAAACUGAAGACAGCAGGUGAAUCUAAACUUAAAGAGAAGCCGGAAAUGGAGAGCUCGCGGAAAGGUAGGCCUAGUAGAAAGAUCUCGUUUUGGCCAGGAACGAAGUUUGCGCCUUUCCGCACUAAAAACUAAGCCAACUAGUUUGUGUGUAUUACUAAAACCGUGUUUGUGAAUGUGUGUUGUGAUUGUGUUAUGUUGGAGUUUAAGACAUACGUGUUGUUCCAGGAGGAGAUACAGUGGAUGGGAAGGACCCGGGAAGUGACGGAAAAGUGAGCAGUGAAGUGAGUGAAAUGCGUAAAGUGAAGUCAGUGGAAUGUGGGUCAUCGCCUCCGGGAGAUUUACAAAGUGCUAAGGAAGAAGUUAGUGAGGUGGACGGAGUUGAGAGAAAAGAGGAGAAGAGAAUGGUGACUACAUCGACAGGAACGUCGCCUCCUCCUCAAAGUAUUUCAACUCAAACAUACGAAGACAGUGUCGCUCCAUCAGAAAAAAUCGCUAAAAGUCCCAGAAUGUCUAGAAAGAGCAACAGAUUGUUCAGAAGGUCCCACUCGGUGUACACACCUAUUUCUCAGAAGAGGGAUUCUGAGUGGUCUCUUAAUAGGUCUUCCAGUAGACAUUCUUUCACUACUGAUUCUCAGAGCCUACCCAACAGCAGGGAGCACAGCCCAGCUCCAGAGGAUUUCGAAGAACCUCAUCCAUAUUUCGAGAAGCCAUACUACAGAGAAAGAAAACAGUCAGCAUCGCCGAUGCCCAACCCAAGGAUCUCCAGAAGUAUAAUGGAUCUGAGAAAACCAGAUCUAUAUCGCAGACCCAGUCAGCAUGAUGCUUACUUUAGGAUGGAUCCAGGUCACCACAGAUUUGACUCUCCUCAAACUUUCGACUAUUUAGGGCCAAAAGACAACUUCCAAGGAUUCGAUACUUUCAAAACAUCGGGAAUGGAGUUGGUAAAGCUUUUUCGAGAAGCCGAACAAUUCAAGUACACAGCCGACGAAGUCCAGGCGGCCAUUUUACAUUGCAAGGACCAGAACCCGAUCGAAUGGUUGAAAGAACACUGGGAACCUACUAUAACCAGCGUCCAAACCUUGGCCACUCAAAUGGGUCGAGAAGGGCCCAUGAAUAUAGUUGGUACAGUCUCAGAAAAGGAGGCCAGAGAAGCGUUGAGGUUGCAUAAGGGCAAUCUGUGGCCUGCCGUUGAAGAAUGCGUCGAGCAAAGGCAGAGAAAGUAUACCGAAUUAGCUGCCCGUGGUGACUUCACCAGAGAGGACAUAGUCACAAUGUUGACUGCACAUCAUGGUGACUUGGAGGCCGCUUACAAUGAAUUGAGCAAAACGCAGCUAAAACCUUUUUUGAUGAGGAUUUGGGGACCUCCAGUGGGGACUGAUAACGAGGCUGGGAAUGAGGGGACACUUUCCAAUAUUACGGGGGGUGAAGAAUCAUCUGUAGAUGAGAACAUAAAAAAAGAAAAUACCAAAGCGGUAAGUACCCCUCCCAAAAAGGCAAGUAGUCCCCUUAGUCAAGAGGAUCAAGGCUUAAAAAAUUCUGACAUAGCAGUAGAUCAUAUUAACUCACUUGACAGCAUAGAAAAUGAAAUUAUGAGGAAUUUGGAAAGCAUCAAUAAUCUUACGAGAGAUUUGAAUGAACUUAAACCAAGAGGCACAAGUAAUGAUGAAAGAAAACCCAAUGAGAAAUCCAACAAAACAGAAUCCAAUGAAGAUAGUAGCUCAAUAUCGGAAAAACCCAAUGAAUCAACAAUUGUGCAACCAAAGCCCAAAAACAGUAAUGAAGGAACAUCGAACAAUGCGAUUAUUUCUGAAAACACAAACAAUAAUCAUGCUGCAAUCAAUACUGAAAAUGGAACCUCAAAUCCUGAAAUUAUAUUGCAGCCCAGUACACCUACUCCCACUCAACUUGAUAAAAACAGGCAAAGUAAUAAGAUUUACGUAGAAAAAAGCAGUACUGUAAUCGAAGUUAUCGAUAAUAAUUAUUUAGUCCCAUCAGAUUCAGCAAAAAAUGAUAAAUCACCAUCUAUCUCAAGUGGUGAUAGUAGUGACGAAAUGCAAAACAUAGAAUUUGUUGAUGCUUUAGAAAACCCAGCUAGUUUUUCUGUUGUACCAGAAGAAAAAAAAUCUUCACCUCAUAGGCGAACUAGUAUUAGUACUCUGAGUAUCACUUUAGCCGGGCCAAGCACUCAACAAAAAACGGGAAGCACUGAAAAUGACAGUCAAAUUGUUGAAAGUAAAGCACAAAUACUACUACAACCAAAAAAGGCAUCAAACAGCUCACUAAAAGCUGUUAGCGAUUCCACUGAAGCAGUAAAAACUCAAACAGAUACAAAAAAUGAAAAAGAAAAAACAGAAAAUAAACAACAUCCAAGUGUAUCAAUAUCUAAACAAAACAAUGAAAAAGAUAUAGAUACAGAUUUUGAAAAAGCUGCUGUUGAAACUAAAGCAGCAUCAAAUGAGAAAUCAGAAGAUAAUUUGAUCAAAGUCUCAACAAAUGAAGUAGCAAAUGUCAUAGUCCAAAAGCAAGAGUCUAAAGAGGAAGAUCAUAAUGUUGAGGUUAAUAAAGAGUUUACUGAAAUGAGCAAUACCGUGACCAAUACUGAAAAAAUCUUAGAAAAUACUGCAGAGCGUACCGAUCUACCUCAGAACCCUCUUCAAUCGCAGAAAAAAGUAACAGAAAAACAGAAACCUACAGACUCUGAACAAAAGAAGAAUGAUAAGUUAAGUAAAAGUUCAGCUAAUACACAAAACAAAAAUAUUUCCGAAAACGAUAAAACACAUGAAACAAACUUAAAGUCAGUCGAAUCAGAAAGUACCGCCGCUAUCAGUGAACAAGUUAAUAAAGAAAAUAAAACUAAUAAUCAUGUUAAGAAAAGCAAAAAAGAACUGCGAUCCAAUAAUGUCGACAGCAACAUUAUUAAUAAUCUAAGCAACAGUUCAAAAACAGAUGAAGUAGUUACAAAGGAAGAUGAAGAAAAAAUGGAACAAAUUCCCGCUACAAAAGUAAAUGAAGAUAAAAACGGAAGUAAUCCAAAAGAAGCGUUGCCUCCUAAAGACAAGAUAUCACGUAAACAAAAGAAAAGUAUGAGAAGAAGUAGAAAACGGGCUGAAAAACGAUCAUGCCAAAGAGAAUCUAGCACGACAGCAUCUAGCAGCGAAGUACAAGAAGAAAAUGAAGUAAAAAAGCAAGAGAGGGUACCUGAGACACCUCAAACAGAUGUCAGUGUCCAGCAGAGUCCGAGUCCUUCUAGACUUCACAGGACAAAAGCGUUGAAAAAGCAAGAUAGUGCGAAAUACUUGAAGUUCAAACAUGCUCAACCGUCACAAUCUAUGAGCGUCGAAAAGAUAGAAGAAGGAAGUGAAGUUACAAAAAAUGUAGAAGACACAAAACAGGUUGAUGGUCAACAGCAAAUUGCUUCUAAAGACAAUAAAGAUAAAUCAGUUGAGUCGGCAACGAUACCAAAAGAAGAGAAAAAUGCGAACAAAGCUGUCAUAGAUAACGGCACCCCCAAAACUUCAACAACUAUACAAAUGGCCCAAAGCAAACAGUCAACAAUUCCUGUGCCUAAGAAACCUUCCAAAAUUCCUCUUCUUAGGCAAUCGUCUUUGAAGGCAGAUCUUAAACCGUCUAUCAGCAAAAUACCUGUCAAAACGAACCAACCUACCACACUACAAAAGGCAGAAGAAAUCGAAAAGGAAUUAGAUGUUGUAAUGAAAGUGAAAGAAAAGCCAGUAGCUAAAAAGGACAGCAGUAAUGAGAGAACUUCUGAUGACGCUGAAGACUUAGUGACUUCUGAAGAAGAACCAAAAGACAAAAAGACUACAAAGUUGGCUCUUACGAAGAAAUCUGGACACAAAGAUUCGUUUGAAUCAAACGCUAGUAGCUCGAAACAGUGUUCUUACACCAAAUCUUUGGACCAGGACGACAGCGAAUCUUCAGUUUCUGAUAGCAACAUAGAUGAACUCCUCAGCUCCGAUGAGUAUGACGAAUUUGAUGAAGAUUAUGGGGACGUAUUUGAGUCUAACACCGAUGACUACGAAGAGUUUGAUAGGAAGAAACUAGAUGGGCUGGAUUUGAAUAUUUCCCCUCUAUCAAAGCCUAGCUCUAAUUUGUUGGAUUCGAAGUUUAGUAUUGAAGAAACGUGUGAAUCUGAAGAGUAUGUUUCCGAUGAAGGAGAUGGUGAUGAAUAUAUUUCGGACGAAUUGGAAGAUCGUGAUGGGAAGCUUUUGAAACAUAUAACAAUAGGGAAUAAAGAAUCUUCGGAGGUUGAAAAGAUUGAGAGGCAGGCAAGAAGACUGUUAGCAGAAGGCCAGGUGUCUUGCUAUGAAGAAGCUGAACUAGCCAUCAGCAUAAUGUCUCUCAAUUUUUCUUCUGAGGAGGCACUAGAGGCUGUGAAACAUUGCAGUACGUUGGAUGCUGCUAUUGCGUUCCUUCAACAAGACUGCGAAUUGUGUGCGGGAAAAUAUCCCAUGAAUCAGAUAGUGUCAAUGCUGCGUUGCACGCAUUAUUGCUGCCAACAGUGCGCAAAGAACUACUUUACCGUCCAGAUAUCAGACAGGAGCAUUAUGGAUUGCACAUGUCCUUUUUGCAAACAACCUGAUCUAACCAGUUCCCAGAUGAACGAAGAUGACGUCAGCGACUACUUCGGGAACUUAGACAUCCUGUUGAAGGGAAUUUUGGAUGAGACUGUACACGAGCUGUUCCAGAGGAAGUUGAGGGAUAGGGCGUUGAUGCAGGAUCCUCACUUCAAGUGGUGUGUACAGUGUUCCUCCGGGUUCAUAGCACACCCAAAACAGAAAAGACUGAUAUGCCCAGAUUGUAAAUCUGUGACUUGUGCAAGCUGUAGAAGACCUUGGGAAAAACAACACGAAGGUAUAAGUUGCGAAAAGUUCGCCGAAUGGAAGGAUAGCAAUGAUCCAGAGAAUCAAGCUACCGCUGUUUCCAGACAUUUGGCUGAAAACGGCAUUGAUUGCCCAAAAUGCAAAUUUAGGUGAGCCUGGAUAUUUAUAAAAAAAUUAUUUCAUACUGAAAUGCACUGUACUGUUUAUAAAGUUAGCACUGAAUACAAAAUUAUGUUUCAAACUGUCUUAGCCUAGUUGGUAUGUUGCAUGUGCUAAAUAGCUACAAUAUUCAGGACUGCAUGACUUUGUCAGAUAGAUAUUCCCUGGCAAAAGGUGGUUGUAUGCACUUCACGUGCACUCAGUGUAAAUUUGAAUUCUGUUAUGGCUGUGGACAACCGUUCAUGAUGGGCGCGAAAUGUGGACUGAGUCAGUAUUGCGCCAAAUUGGGACUGCAUGCUCACCAUCCUAGGAAUUGCCUGUUCUAUUUAAGGGAUAAGGAGCCAGCAGAACUACAAGAGUUACUAAAAGAGAAUAAGAUUGCAUUUGAUACAGAACUAGCAAUCGAAAAGGAAGAAAAUGCAUCGGCUGUUCUAAAAUGUUCUGUGCCGUUACAAAGAGAAACACCUAGUGGUUUACUAGACACUAUCUGCAACAGUGACGUCACUCCUGGCCAAGCGGGCCUAUGCAGACUCCAUUACAUAGAAUACUUGUCAUUAUUGAUGCGAAAGCAUAAUGUGGACCCCAUUGAUCUUAUGAGCGCGGAUGACUUAGAAACCAUAGUCAGACGUGCUGCAAAAAAAUUACCGCCCAACUGCUUUGGAACGCCUAGAGAGACUUACAGACUGCGUUUGAGACAGAUUGUUAUUGAGCAAAUUCCACUGGAUUGAAGGAUUGAUAUUUUUCCAUGAAGAUUUGUGUGCCUGUUAACCAAUCUUUUUGUUACAUGAGACCCUCUUAUAAAUAUAUAUAUAUAUAAACAUUGAA